AUGUCCGUCGGCGAGCGACGGGCGGAGGCCCGGAAACGGCGCCAGGAGCAGUGUCAGAAGAGCUGCGCGUGCGUGGUGAUCUCCAGCUUGGUGGCCACCAUCGUGAUCCAGUGUUUGGCGAAGCCGGUGGAGGUCACGGUGCCCAACACCCCGGAGGUGCCAGCAGCACAGCCCUACCUGGCGGCAUGCAGUGCGCAUGCGAAGUGCGCGCAGCAGGGCCAGGAUGAUUGCUGCCCCUCCAGUGAUGGAGUCUUAAUGGGUUGCUGUAGCCCCAUCCCUUCAAGCGUCAAGGUGGACCCCUUCAGAGGCAUGUGCUACGCUCCCACACCAGCGAAGAACGUGGCUCCCUGGGCCGAGGCGCUCUGGGGCAAGUCCGGGCGCGACGAUCUGAGCGCCAUCCGACAGAUGGGCUUCAAAGUGCUGCGUGUCUAUGGUAACGACCCACGGCUGAGCCACGAAGCCUUCUUGUCGCGCUGCACGGCCUUGGGCCUCAAGGUCAUUGUGGCCAUCUCUGACUUCCCCUACACCCAGGAUCCCCAGAGCAAGUGCGCCACCGCGCCGCCCUACGACUGCUUCACUGAAGUGAGGCUGCAGUUCACCACGAUGCUGAAGAAUGGCUUCACGGUGCGGGACGGCGAGGGGCAGAUGCGGUAUCACCCGGCCAUCGAGGCCAUCAUCUUGAUCAACGAGCCUGAACUGAAGAUCACCUACCAGGGUGCCAUCGCCAAAGAUGCCUGGAGCAAGGGGUACUACACCAAGGCCUUGCUAAGCGCUUUGGACGGCGCCCUGCGCGCCGAGGAGUCGCUGUCCAUCAUGGGCGCCAAGCCGCCCUUCACGGUGGUGAACUCCUUCUCAACCUGCGAGACCUGCAAGACCAACGUCGCAGGCAACAAGGCCGGAGAGGCUCAGGUGGGCUCGCUGGCAGCCUUGGGUUUCAUGUACGAUUUCGUGGUGGGCGCGCUGAAGCCGGACUUCUUCGGCUACGAUCCGCGGCAUGACUUGAAGAGCGCGCUGCAGAACCGCUGGCUCUUGGGCUUCAACACCCAAGAUACCUCUGAUGUGAUCUGCAAGCAGGUGCUCCAGCCUCUGAAAGCUACACCCCUCUCCGGUCUGCCGAUCUGGGCUGGUGAGUACAAGGCAUGGUAUCAGUCGAUGCCGGACAGCAAGGUGGCAGACUUCAAGGAGGAUUGGUCGAAGCUGAGCUCCUGGGUGCAGCAAGGCGCCAGCUGCGACGCUGCAGGUGCACCGCUGCGAGGCCCAUGA